UCCAUUUUCUGUUUUGGAUGGUGGAGGAGGCAGAAGUAUUGUGGACACAUUAAGAUCACUUUCUCGAAGUAUUCUCAUAAUCAUCCCAAGAUUCGUUGAGGCGAGAUGCUCUCUGAGGAAGGAGGGUUAUAGGGAUCUUGGCUCUUAUGUGAAAGCUUGUCUUUUCAGCCUCGGUGAGUUCCUCAAGACUUCUCCAGCAGUGUGCUUCGCCAUAGUUAUUGAGAUGAGCAGCCCCGUAGAGGAACACUCAUUAGCGAAAGCUGCGAAACUUACUGAAAAUCUUUACCACACCCGAGACACCUAUUUCCCGGAAAAUCAAGAUGACAAGAUCUCCAAAUUGCGAGAACAAUCCGAUCUUGCUCUGAAAUUCCUCGAUUCUAUAUCUCCAGAGGAGAGGAAGUCACCUAUGCAACGUGCAACAUUUGAGUAUUUGAGAGGGAAGAUAUUGGAUGUAUGUCCUGACUAUAACAAAGAAGCAGAGGAGCAUCUAUCAAAAGCUGUUAAGCUAAACCCAUCUCUUGCAGAUGCUUGGCUAUGUUUAGGUAACUGCAUUUGGAAGAAAGGAGAUCUAUCUGCUGCUAAAAACUGCCUUAGUCUUGCAUUAAGCAAGGGUCGUGACAAGAAUAUUCUUUGUCAAUUAUCAAUGCUUAAAAGAAAAAUGUCACAAGGUGCUGAGAAUCAAGCAGAACUUGUUGAGGAAAGCAUUCAACACGCCAAAGAAGCUAUCACUGUGGAUGUCAAGGAUGGUUAUUCUUGGUGUAAGAUUCUUUAUAUGCUGCUAACAUGUAUUCAAAGAACAAUCCUGGCUUUGCUAUCAAACAACAGUUCAUAUAUUGACACAAUCACACUGGAUAAUCUUGGAAACGCAUGCCUUACUAGUUUUUUUGUUUCUGGAGCUUGGGAUCAUAGCAAACUUCAACAUUCUGUAAAAGCAUAUCAAAAUGCUGAGAAAGAUGAAAGAAUGAAGUCCAAUCCAGAUCUAUAUUUUAAUAGUGCCAUUGUUAAUAGAUAUCUAGAGAAUUAUGAGAGGGCCCUCAGUGGGUUUGAGGCUGCUGCCUUAAAGGAUCCAAGUCUAAAUGCUGCUGCAGAGGUUCAGAAGAUAGUAAGCCUGCUUGACAAGUUGGACUAUCUUAUGAGGGGGGGGCAUUUGAAAGCUAAGCGAAUGGCAAGUUUGGCCUCAUCUUUAGCUGCUGUUAAUUUGAAUCCACCAUACAAUAGAGCUACUACAGACGGUAUGUUGGAGGGUCUGAACAGAGCAGUAGCCAUAGACGGGAAGGUAUUAUUCUUUGUUACGCAUGACACUGUUGCUCCCCUAUACUAUUUGCUUUCUGAUUCAAACCAAAAUUGCUUUGUUCUUACUGUUUAUGGCAUGCGUAUAGAUGUGAUCAAGGAAAGAGAUCAGCUAACGCUGCUUGAUCCAUAUUUCCGUCAGGUUGAUUUUUCGUGGAAGGAGAAGCAUUACCAAUUCAAGUCUAUACGAGUGGACUUCCCUGAACAAGUACUUGUGAAUGGAAAAGCUGUGACCCCUCAACAAGUUGUUCGUUCGUCGAUACAUGCACAGCACAAACCUUGACGGGACUCAUUACCAGGAGCUUUGCUUCUAUGGCUGUUUGUGGUUAGUUUGGAAUGGUGUAUAUUUCUGUUGUAAAUGCAUUUAGGUGGUGUAUUUACGGGGGGAAUUUUUGUCCCAGCUUGUGGAUUGAUGUUACUAUGGAGGGAAGCUUCGGUUUUGGUUUUCAUCUUAUGUAUUUACAGUAAUUUUUUUUGUUUUUAAUUUUUUGGGGGAUUUUGGCCAUCACCUGAACAAAGUAUUUGGAGGGCAGCUUUUACUUGACUACCUCACCAGCUUGUGCAUUUUAUUGUGGAUAAAGCUUGUAUGUAAAUUCCGAGACUGUAGUGCUUGACAUAGAAAAGAUUUUUUUAAGGAAAUAUUUAUGCUUUGUAA